AUGUCGGAUGACACUGCAGAUUUCUUCCAGUUUGCGGGCGCUCGUGAAUACUGGACGGGCUAUGACAUCGACAGAAAGCUCGAGCUCGCGAUCAUCGACGACCAUGAGUGGAUUCCAGAAGAAACAAGAGAACAAAUUCGGGACUGGGCCAAGACGAAAACGCCUCCAAGUGAACAGAAGAACGAUACCCAGGUAACACCGUACAAGCCGAUCACCGAUAAAUAUGAAAUUCGCGUGCUUGAGGUCAAGCCCGGGAAGAGAGGCGAUAAGCUCCGCGGAUCUCUUCACCACUGUUCUCUCGAGUACAUCGAUCCCAUACCCUCCAACAGGACGUACUUCAGGAUGCGCUAUGCGCUCUCCAUGAACGACCUCACCACGCCGGUAUCGUACACAGCGCUCAGCUACACUUGGGGCCCGCCCGUCUUCGAUGCGGACUUCGAGUGUGACGGGCAUCAGAAGAAAAUCACCAAGUCGCUUGAAUCGGCAUUGUUGCACUUCCGCCGGGAAGAUCGAUCGGUGGUGAUGUGGAUCGACCAAAUUUGUAUAGACCAAAGCAACAAUGAGGAGAAGAGUCAGCAGAUUCCACUCAUGUCAAGGAUUUACGAGCGAGCUUUGAACACGGCGAUCUGGAUGGGGGAUACGAGCGACGGGUCGGACGCUGCGGUGAAGUUGUUGGACGACAUCAACAUUCGUCUACAAUUCACAACCGAGGAUGACAUUGAUACAGAGGAGUUCGAGAGAUUGAGGCUCCCAAAACCCGAGUCCGAGGAGUGGAAAGCCCUCUGGGACUUUCUCUCGCGGCCGUGGUUCACCAGAGUCUGGAUCAUACAGGAGGUCAUCCUCUCAAGAGAUCCAUGGGUGGUCUGUGGCGAUUCGAUCAUGGUGUGGGAGAACCUGGCAGGUGCCUGCAUGCAACUCAGGACGACGGGCAUAUCGGAGUGGAUGCAGCAGAACUUCCCCAAAGAGAAGAAGGACGAGGACCGAGACGUCUGCCAGCUGGCCUGGGAACUCGACCAGCUCAAACAGCACGCGCAGGACAACAACAGCACGCUCUUCUCGCUACUCGUUCAGUCGAGAGGCGCCCAGUGCUAUGAUCUGAGAGACAAGGUCUACGGGCUCCUCGGAGUGUGCAACGCGGAACACCAAGAGGCGCUGAAGGUCAGCUACGACGAAGACUUUACGGCUUCCCGGCUGUACCACGAUGUUGUGGUGCAUCACCUGUCUCUGGAUGCUCGCUCGUGGUCACUGCAUGAGCUUCUGUCCUGCGUCGACCACGAAUCGCCUCAUCUGCCGUCUUGGGUGCCGGACUGGAGCAAGCCUCGUCGGACUGUUGCUCUCGGAUACACGACCGCUUCGCAAGGCAUCUAUCGCGCUCAUGGCAGAUUUGUACCCUUGAUGCUGAAGAUAGACGCAGAGGUUGACGAUAAAAACCACGGCGAAUUGCACGUGCGUGGGGUUCUCGUCGAUAGCAUUGCCAAACUUAGCGAUGUUUUCGAGGAUCCCGAUCUCACGUAUGAAUAUCCAAGUACCAACAAGACUCUCCUGGAUUUUCUGGAUUUCGUAUCUCAGAUGACGGAAUACCCCGCACCUCACAGCGUAUUCUCUGCGUUCUGGCAUACUCUCGUGGCUGGCAAGGAUGGUGCAGGAAGAUUGAAAUGUCCAGAUUCUGUCGAGGAGAUUGUCAGCCUGCUUCUUGACGCGUCAACCGGCCAAUCACCCUCCAUUGCAGGACAAACGUACACCACACGGCAGAAACGACCCAAGGGCAAGGGAAGAUUGGAGUUAGAAAGACUCAAAGUGCGCAAGUCGGGAUCCGCUGGCGAGGCCUUCCAGGAGACCCGCACUGCCAUGAUUAAUGCGGUGAAGAACCGCAGGUUAGGCAUCACGACGAAGGGGUACUUGGGACUCUUUCCUCAGCACGCCGAGGCUGGUGAUAAUUUGUACGUUCUGGACGGAGGCCAUGUGCCGUUUGUGAUGAGGGAUGCUGAGGGUGGAAAGUUCAGGCUCGUUGGAGAAUGCUAUGUGUAUGGCAUAAUGGAUGGAGAGGCUAUUAGGGAGGAUACAAGACUUGAGGAGAUGACACUUGUAUGA